AUGAUUAUUCCACUCCAAAUAGAGCAAUCCUUAGUUGAGAAUUCAAAAAGAAAACCAUUUAGUCCUGUUGAAAUUAAUCCAAAACAAUACUCGUUGUCCAGUAAAUUAAAUCUAUUACAGUUUGAUGUUGUCACUCCUAUUUAAGCAAAAAGUAGUCAUUCAAAUCCUAAUAUUCAAUUUGGACUAUAAAAAUUACUGAAAACAAGUCCUUAUGCUUAAUUGAUUAAAUAAAAAUCUUAAUAGCAAAUUAGCAGUAUUGAUAGUUGUGUUCACAACAUCAAUAAUGGAACUACUCCAGGUUAAUAUUCUUCUUAAAUAAAUGUAAAAAUCGACUCUAAAUCAUUGAUGACAAAUAAUUAAAGUAACAUCAAAAGAAGAAUCCAUAACUCCAUGAAGGUUUUUGCACCUAAAAAAUCUUCUGAAUGCUCUCACUAAUAAAAUUCAACUUAUAAAGAUAAAUAGACAAUUCAAGCGCUCUAAGAUUUAUUAAUAAGAACAACCUAAACAUUAUAAGUUUAUAAAGAAUAUAUCAAUAAAUGUGAAUAGGAGAAUAUAAAAUUAAAGGAGUAACUUUCAUGCUUGAAAGCUUAGAAUUGA